CAUGCCCAAUACUAAUCUUGGACCGGAGACACGUGUGCCUUCCUUUACGGAACAAGAUGGCGGAGCAGUCGGAGAGGGCCUUCCAGAAGCAGCGAGGGGUGUUCCUGAACAGCAAGGCCGGCCUGACCGGCAAGAAGAAGAAAAAGGAGCAGCGGUUUGUCAGAAACGUCGGCCUUGGCUUCAAGACUCCUAGAGAGGCGACCGAGGGCACCUACAUUGACAAGAAAUGCCCCUUCACUGGUAAUGUGUCCGUCCGUGGGCGUAUCCUCACGGGCAUCGUGAAGAGCAUAAAGAUGAAGCGGACACUUGUCAUUCGUCGAGACUACCUCCACUACAUCAGGAAGUACAAACGAUACGAGAAGAGACACAAGAACAUCUCCUGUCACGUUUCGCCAUGUUUUAGGGAUGUUGAGCCAGGUGACCUGGUGGUGGCCGGCCAGUGCCGCCCCCUCAGUAAGACAGUGAGGUUCAACGUGCUCAAGGUGCAGAAGGGAAAAGGUGGCAAGAAACAGUUCCAGAAGUUCUGAACUCCCUUUCAUCUUCUGUCGCAGUGUCUUGUGCUAUACUAAUGUAGUGUAUGUCACUGUACAAAAAAUUUUUAUGUGAACUUUGCAAAUUUAUUUAUACGUCAUUAAAGGGGGCAUCAGUUGAAUGAUUGGCGAAAAGCUAAGCCUACGAACUAUUUCACGUUGGUGAUUUUUCUGAACCCGUUUUUCUGGGAGAAAGUUUGUAGGACUUGCAGGACGGUGAGAGUGGGUGCCACUUCCAGUGCAGUGGCCUCCUGCAGCACACACUGCAGCAACAGACUCCCAUUGCCACAGACAGACAGGAACAGGUAACAG